AUGAUUAUAGCAAGUGAAGUGUCAAUUAGCCACACUGGCGGUCCCAAAUAUGGCCGGAUCCUCGGCUUCUUUACCGGCUGGAGCAACUUCUACGGAUGGAUGUUUGACCUAGCUGCCUUGAUCCAGAUCAUGGCCAACAUCUGCAUCAGCAUGUACUCCGUCUACCACCAGACCACCUACACCUACGAGCCAUGGCAGGUCUACAUCGCCUACCUGCUUGUCCUCUGGCUUUGCACGGCAGCUGUAAUCUUUGCCAACCGAGUAAUUCCACACACCCAGAACAUUGGCAUGUUCUUCGUCAUCGUCGGCGGUAUCAUCACCAUAAUUGUCAUCUCAGCCAUGCCUAGACGACAUGCCAGCAAUCAUUUUGUCUGGGGGUCCUUCACCGAGAAUAACCUCACGGGUUGGCCUGGCGGUUUGGCGUUUUUGCUGGGAGUCCUGAACGGGGCGUUUACCGUGGGCACGCCAGAUGCUGUCACGCAUAUGGCUGAGGAGCUACCGCAUCCGAGAAAGGAUCUUCCAAAGGCGAUUGGCCUGCAGAUUGGUCUAGGAUUUCUAUGCGCAUUCUGCUUCGCCAUCGCCCUCUGCUACGCCAUCACCGAUCUCGACGCCCUUCAAGGCUUCAACACCUACCCGCUCGCCAAAAUCUACGCUCAAGCGACCGCCCACGCCGACGGGACUCCGAACCACGGCGCCACCUUCGAUUCCUUGUUUAUCAUCUUCUGCUCGUCACUCCUCUGCUGUGUCAGCACGGUACUGACCAACUCACGCAUUUACUGGGCUUUGGCGCGAGAUAACGCGGUCCCUUUAUCCCCUCUUUUCUCCAGGGUAAAUGAGAAACUCAGUUGUCCUGUCCCUGGUACUCUGUUUGUCGCAACAGCCCUAGGCGCCAUCCCCCUAGGCGCCAUCCCCCUCGGCUCCCCCACUGCCUUCCUCAACCUAACCGGCUCCUUCAUCAUCCUAACCACAGUUUCGUACGCAAUCCCAUUUGCCGCCAAUGUUCUCACCCGACGCCAGUAUCUCCCCUCCGUCCCCGGCUCAUUCAGUUUGGGCAAAUUUGGCAUGCCAAUCAACAUCAUCGCAGUACUCUUCAUCGUCCUCUUCAACAUUCUCUUUUGUUUCCCGUUUGUCUACCCAACUACGACAGUAACAAUGAAUUACAAUAGUGUGAUUCUGGUGGGGGUGAUGGCGCUCACGGCGGUGUGGUGGGUGGUGCAUGCUAGGAGGAACUAUCCUGGGCUGAAGGUUAUGGGGCUUUAUAUCCAUGAUAGUGUCCCGAGUGGCAGAGGGAAGGUAGAGGUGAGUGAGGGGGUUGAGGUGUCUGUUAGGGGUGGCGAGGGGGGUGUAGAAGAAUUUGAGGAGAAGGAGAAGAAGGAGAGUGAUGGUAGAAGGCUCCCGUAG